UUCAUCCAAUCAAUGGCGUCACCGUCAAUGACCCAACCCGCAACGUACAGUUUUGUAGUUUUCAGCAUAUUUUUAAAGAGUUACAAUUCAUUUUUUUGAUUUAAAAUUGUGUUAUUUAUAUAAGGUGUGCUCUUGAGGGUUGCUAUGAUCAGAGAAUCACUUCACUGUGUAUGAAAAAGCAAGUAAAAAGUUUCUCAUAAUAGAUAUCUGUUGUGAAGUUGCGAAUCAUUUGUCAAGAUGCAGACAAUCAAGUGUGUGGUGGUAGGCGAUGGUGCCGUCGGUAAAACGUGCCUCCUCAUAAGCUACACAACUAACAAGUUCCCAUCCGAGUAUGUGCCCACUGUGUUUGAUAACUAUGCUGUCACUGUCAUGAUAGGAGGGGAGCCAUACACCUUGGGCCUCUUUGAUACUGCAGGUCAGGAAGACUAUGACAGGUUGCGACCACUUAGCUAUCCACAAACGGAUGUUUUCCUUGUAUGCUUCAGUGUAGUAAGCCCCAGUUCUUUUGAAAAUGUCAAGGAAAAAUGGGUACCAGAAAUAACUCAUCAUCAACAAAAGACACCAUUUCUCCUUGUUGGCACUCAGAUAGACUUGCGAGACGAUGCUGCUACCAUGGAGAAGUUGGCUAAGAUUAAACAGAAACCUGUUUCCCUCGAACAGGGCGAGAAGUUAGCAAAGGAACUCAAGGCUGUCAAAUAUGUUGAAUGCUCAGCCCUGACGCAGAAAGGAUUGAAGAAUGUGUUCGAUGAGGCCAUACUAGCAGCGCUGGAGCCCCCAGAACCCGCCAGGAAAAAGAAAUGUGUGGUGUUGUAAUGUGUCCCGGGCCGAGAGCUCCGCCCCACCCGCGUGACGUAGCGCGCCUCGUGCACCGGCACGCCGCAGGGCCCUCAUAACGCGUACAUUUUAGUAUUUUACCAUAUAAUAUUAUUGUAAACGAAACAGUUUUUGAACAAGUAAUUAAUUUUUAUUUAUGAUGAUAUAAUGAUUAUUAAGUCAUUGGUACCUAUAACUAUUAUGCGUUAUACUUGCAUGGUUUAAGAAAAUAAACGAAGUUCUUUUGAAUAUAGAAGCUGAAGCAAAAUUGUGUUGCUUAUAUGCUUUACAAUAAAACAGCAAGCUAAUAGCACCACAAUAGAAUGUAUUUGAACCAUGACUUAUAACAUACUAGCCGGUUCAUGAGAAGAUAGUUGUUAAGAUUCUUAUUUGUAUUUUCUUUCUCAAGUUAUGAUGGGAACUGAAAAUGACUAUCCAUUGCUAAUCAAGUAGGAUAAUAAUUUUAAAUUUCAUGUUCUUUUUUUUAUAUAAAGACCCCUCUAUCGUUUGACUGAUAAGAAACAAUAUAACACUAACCAAAACUUGUACUUUAAUCAUUAACAUAAUGAUCCAGUAACUUGAUUGUCUGCUGUGUAAGCUGGAAUCUAUAAAGCAACUUCAUGCACAAUAUUUGCUAAGCACAGUGCAAACUAUGUAUUUUAUAAGUAUUACUUGGUAACAUACUGACUUUUAUUAAAAUCAUUAUAUUAAUGCAACGCCUGUCACAAUGGACAGCCGUCCUCGUUUGUGUUUUAUACUAUUUCGAUGUUGUUCUGCAGUUUUACAAUAAGUUUGGUAUAAAACAUCUUAAAUUUACUAAAACAUCUAUAUACAAAUAUCUUCUAUAAUUAGCAUAAUAUAAUUGAAUGCCGACAAAUUGUAAUCGCUAGAAACUCGUUAUUUCAAAUAACGAUAUUAAUCGGAAAGUUUGUGAUGCUAUACAGAGUAUAAAUAUUAUUAUAUAAUAAUAUGAGUCAUGCAAUGUGAGCUUGGACUGAUAAUUACAGAAAUUCAUCAUUCCAUUAAAUAUUUUUGCAUUUAUUGUGAACUGGAAUUUUUGGGGUUAAUAAAACCUAAAAAGUUACGAUGAAUCCAAUAGCUUUGCGCCUAGUAGAUGUAAUUGAAAACCGUAUAACCACCGAAAGUACUCUGUAUACGAAAACGCAGUGUAUCAACAUCUGUUUCAUGGGAUAUCAUUUAGAAGCAUUAUUAAAAAUGAUAGAAAGUUAAUUCAAUGGUCCAGCUGGGCAUUGUGUACACAAACGAACGUGGACUGAUAUUGUAACAGUGAACGAAUGCCUGACGGCUUGCAAUGGCCGCCAAGGCUCAUCCGGCGCAUGCCGCGAUGCAUCCACUACGAACUGUAACGCCGCAUUGUUUACACUUUGAAUGUAGGGCAAUAUCUAUUGACAUUGCUAUGUUAUUACGAUUGAUUUAUUUAUGUAAUUAGGGCGAUAUCGAUUGACAUUGAUAUAAUAUUACAAUUGAUUUAUUUAUGUAAUGGGUGCAAUUAAUUAAUAAUAUAAUACAAUUUAAAUAUUACCGACAUUGGGCUACAUUAAAAUACAUCACUCACAAAAUUUUAACUACAUUUAUAUAAAUAUAAGCUAUUGUGUACUUUUUUACGCAUUGGAAAAGGUAACAAGUUUCUGAAUUAAUAUUUAUUUAUUGUUCUUUGUAUUUACAAGAGCAAGAUUAUUUUGUAUGAUUAUGCAUUAUCAGUGCAGUUAUAUGUUCUUUGUGUCAAGACGUAGUUAUAGGUGUAUAUGGAAUAAAUAUAUAAUGAGAUUAAAUUAUAAA